AUGGCGCCAGCUCACUCCCUUCCCCUCCGCAUACGGCCUGACUUGGGCGCCCCCGGCGUCUGGCCAGCUGACACUGUCGCGCGCCUCCAGUCGCUCGCCAAGGUUGUCAUCUACCCCCUCCUCCCCUUUUACGCGCUUCGAUGGCUCUUCGCCCCACAUGGCCAGAGCCUCAAGACCUACCUCCUCUCCCGGAUGGACGUGUGGCGAGGCUACCUUGUACCGCUCCUCACUCCGCCCGAAAGCGCAGAGUUAUCAGUGCGACCUCUCCCCAAAUCGCUGCAAUACAUUCCCUUCCCUCCUGAUGCGUGGAACGGCGCGAGUUGGGAAGUGACCGACAUUCCGCCCGCGCCAGAGGACAUGAUGGGGUACCUGGUCGAUGGACCGACCUGCGUCAAGCCCGUCACGCGACCGGGGUUCAUGCUCACACCGUCAGGUGCGCUGGGGAAUGGGUUCGCCAAGGCCCAGCCAGGCGAGAAGAUGAUCCUCUUCCUCCAUGGCGGAGGAUACAUUAAGGGUCACCCAUUGUGGACACCAUUCCCUCUCAAUCUCGCAAAGGAUCACAGUUUGCGAACAUUUCUCUGCAGCUACCGCAAGACUCUUUCUGAUCCCACGGCGUUCCCUGCUCCACUCCUCGAUGCUCUUGCGGCUUGGGCGUACGUCACUCUCACUCUGGGUUUUGCACCCGCACAAAUCCUGCUGUUGGGCGACAGCGCAGGUGGACACCUCGCCCUUUGCCUCGUCCAACAGCUCGCGACCCUGGGUAGACCACAGGCCGGGGCCCUCGCUAUGGUCUCGCCCUGGGCCGACUUCACCGCCAGUUUUCCGAGCUGGGCCAACGAGAGCGUUGACCACCUCUCUCGCCGUAUGCUGCUUACAGCAAUCCGGGCCGCCACGCGACAUUAUGCGCCAGACGCGAUUACGGAUCCCCUCUUCUCUCCAGCCCUCGCGGGACCCGGACACUGGACGUGUCUUUGUGCGACGAGGGUGCUCGUUAGUGUAGGCACGGACGAAGUCUUCGCGGACGAGGACGAUGCGCUAGUCAAGGGUAUGCGGCGCGACGGCGUCGACGUCACGCUCAUCAAGGAUGUUAAUGGAUUGCACGAAGGGCCAGUUACGCUCUGGUCGCCUGGUGCGUACGACCAUUUCAGUGCCGAAAUCGGCACGGUCCUAACCCAUAUGCCCGGCCAGCAGAUGAGACUGGAGGUUGGUGCAGGCUCGGGGUAA